AUGGAUCCCUUCUCCAGUCUACAAGUCCCUGCCGAGGGACUGCAACCGGGUCCCUCACGGCAACACGGUGCGCGUCCAGUCUCGGUACAACCCACCAGCACGUCGGUGUCGCAGUCCGCCAGCCGAAAACGGGCCUCCCACAGCGUCGUCACGUCCCAGCCACAGGAAGAGCCCCAACAACAGGGAUACAGAGAUAUCUACUCCCACCCCGCCGCUCUUGAAUAUGCCACCGCGCACCCUCGAAGGACGAUUCCCAAGUUCGGUCCCUACCUGCUUCUCCAGACGCUAGGUGAAGGAGAGUUCGGGAAGGUCAAGCUUGGUUUACACAUGCAAUGGGGCGAAGAGGUCGCGGUGAAGCUCAUCCGUCGUGGCAACAUCGACUCAUCGGUGCGAAUGUCGAAGGUUGAACGGGAGAUCGAGGUCCUUCGAUCCCUCAAGCACCCGAACAUCGUACGGUUGUACGAUGUGAUCGAGACCGACAAGUACAUCGGUAUCAUCCUUGAAUAUGCGUCUGGCGGCGAGCUUUUCGACCACAUCCUCGCCCACCGGUACCUCCGAGAACGCGACGCAUGCAAGCUAUUCUCACAGCUCAUUUCCGGCGUCUGGUACAUUCAUCAAAAGAAAAUUGUCCACCGCGAUCUCAAGCUCGAGAACCUGCUUCUCGACCGCCACCGCAAUGUCAUUAUCACCGACUUCGGCUUUGCCAACCGGUUCGAGCACCGCUCUGACGACCUCAUGCAGACCAGCUGUGGUUCCCCAUGCUACGCCGCCCCAGAACUGGUCAUCUCCGAUGGCCUCUACGUUGGUUCGGCUGUCGAUAUCUGGUCGUGCGGUGUCAUUCUCUACGCCAUGCUCGCGGGAUACCUACCCUUCGAUGACGACCCGGCCAACCCCGAUGGCGACAACAUCAACCUGCUGUACAAGUAUAUCGUCAACACUCCGCUAUCCUUCCCAGACUACAUCUCUGAAGAUGCUCGUGACCUCCUCUCCAUCAUGCUUGUCCCCGAUCCAGGCCGUCGUGCAGAUCUCCCCAGCAUCAUGGCCCACAAAUGGCUUUCUCCUUACGCACAUACAUUCAACAAGACCGUCUCGGAGUUGGAGCGUACCGCUAUCGAACAGCAUCACCAGAAGAGGCUCGCAUACCAGCGCCAGAUGAAAACAACGGCCCCGUCGGAGUCUCCAUCUUCAAACAAGAUGGCUCGCAGCCAGAGCGCCCGGGUGGAAGGAUACACGUCUCCUACGUCUCCGUCGAGCUCGAGAGGUCACCGUGAUCAGAGGUACGCUCAGCCUUCCGCCCAACCGGAGUUCCUAUAUGAGACGUCAGCCCCCGCGAGCGCAAGACGCGGGGUCAACUCGGCGAUCGUUCUACCCACAUCCAACCCGAUUGGGCUGGAGGACGACCCCUUCGCCCCUUCGCCCUCCGCAGAGGUACCCUCGAUCUCCCUUCCAGCGGAGGCAUCGGCCAUGAACGGCGAGAGGCUUGCAGAGCCAGUCAAGUCCUCGGUCCCUCCACCGACGUCUUACGCUCCCGUCAAGACAACCUCUCCGGAGUCGACAAAGUCUCGCUCCAAGGUACCGAACCGCCAUACCAUCCAGGUUGAGUAUGGUGAAUCGGAGUCGAAGCCGGAGCCUCCCCGAGAACGACCACAGGUGAAUGGCGGCACGUCUCACAAGAAGAAGCAGUCGCUCGACCUCGACCCACGGGUGACCCAGAAACCCCUCCCGGGUACGCCCACCGGAUCCACCCGUGUGCCCUCGGAAGCUCCCUACGCGUCCCCCGCUCAUAUCGUCAACGUACCGCCGGUCGCAAUUGAGGUUACUGCGCCACCUGUCACGCCCGCGGUCGCGCAGGAGGACAAGAUGGCGACCGCACAGAACGGCAGCCCUGCUGGAUCAACAGGGUCAGGGUCUUCCAAAGGCCGGCACCGCAAAGGGCUUUCUAUUGACAAGAUCGGCAUCGUUAAGAUGUUCAGCACUGGGUCUGGAGAUGGCUCGACGCACGGCAUUGUGUCGCGCUCACCUUCAAGUCACAAAUCUGUCAAGGAUUCGUCGUCGACACUGUCGAAGCGACCCUCAAGCGUACAGGUCGGCACAGCGUCGACCGCCGACACGUCUGCGGAUGGUUCGUUGCUCAGUCCUGGUGGCACUGUCAAUGGAAAGAAGUCCUCGCGCCGCAACACCCUCACGGUCAUGGUCGCCCCGAUCCGCAGCUCCAUCAAGGUGCGCCCCAAGAACAAGGGCUCAGAGACGCCGAUGAAGGAGAAGCCGGACGUGUCACUCGCAGGACCGACGGUGCCUCCCAAGGGCGAAAUGGCGCCCCCAGCCACUCCGCAGCCCCUGCGCUCCGGCGAGGAGGGUUACGCAUCGAACACCUGGAGCAGCAAACGCGUCCCAAUCCCGGCUUCGACCGUCAAGGCCAGCAAGGUCAUGCAAUGGUUCCGCUCCAAGAGCAAGGGCCGCGGUGGGGACAUAUCCGACGUCGAGAUGGACAAGUCAGAAGAACCAGCGGCCGACGCUCCCGUCGUGCCCACCGCAGGUCCCGCUCCAGCAGCCAUCAAUACCAAUGUGGCGCAGUUCCUGUCGACCCCCGGAGCUGCCUCGGAGAAGACCCGCUCACCCCUCCCACUCACCGCGACGCCGUCGGACGCAUCGUUUGCCCAGCACAACAGCUUCACCGACCGGGUGCUCAAGCAGAUCGGCGGCGGGCGUGUGAACUUGCGUAUCCACCACGGUGCGGUGGAUCAAACGACGAUCACGAACGGGUCACCUCCGGAGGUCAUGAAGAAGGUGCGGAUCGUGCUCGAGGGUAUGGGCAUCGACAUCAGCACGGAGACGGAGUACAAGUACCGCUGCGUGCGACCCAAGAGGAAACGUGCGGGCCUGGGGCUCAGCAGUGGUCCCGGCAGCCUUGCCGCGUUCACGAUCGUGGGCUCUGCAGCAUCGAACGGGGUGGACAAGCGCGGACUACCGUUGCCGUCGCAGUCGUCCUUCGGGUCGUCGACGGGUGGCAUGCUUCGCGGCCUGCUUAUGCGCCGCCAGUCGUCGCAAGUUUCGACCAGCCCAAUCCACCAGGCAUCUCCCUCGACCGAGUCCGAGCCGGGUUCCGACGCAGUGCUCGUUGGUGCCGUUACUCCAGGCGAAGUUGCCUCCCCUAUCGCGAUGGAAGCUAUCUACGGCGAGACUACCCAAGAUGCUGGCGACGAAGUUCGCUUCUCCGUGGAGCUCACGCGCCUUGAUCGUCUAGACGACACGUAUAGCUUGGAUAUCCGCCGCUUGAAGGGCAACCUCCGGAGCUACAAGUUCUUGUAUGACAACCUUAGACAGUACGUUCGUCUUAAGUUGUUCUGUGACUUCAUGCUGACUGCGUUCUAG